AUGAAUAGCAGGCUGCAUCUGCUGGCUGUGCCCUUGCUCAGCCUGUUCAUGGGCUAUGUAGCAAGCCUAGAAGAGGAUUGUGUCGACUUCCAAGGAAACUCCGUCGCACACGGUCUACUCUACGUACCUGGACCGGGGGUGUGCAGCUUGUGUGUGUGCUACCACUCUGAGCCGCUAUGGUGCAAAGCAAUAUACUGUGAUCCACCCUAUUUCUGUAAAAAAUUUCGUGUAGGUGAACGAUGCUGUGAAUUUGAAUGUCUAGAUCCGCCCGGUGAGGACGACAUGUAUCAGGAACGACUACGGAAGCGGGCAGAGAUUCUGGCCGGGAAUGGGGCCAACCAACUAUCACGAUCCGGCGAUUGGUUCUGGUCACCGGUGAGCAGAGCAACCGCAGCCGGUCUACUACUGCUAGCGUUAGUGCAGAGCGUUACGCAAAGGUUGCUUCUGCUGCCGUCAUAG